GCACGGAGCGCUCGGGGCCGGCGAGCGCCGCGCUGGCGGCAGGACCCGCCCCGGCCCGCGGGACGCGGCGCUGCUGCGGGCAGGGCGCUGCUGCGGACACGGCUCUUAUUGUGAAAGGAUGAUGAGAGGCAGCGCUCACCUCUCCCGUCCAUCGCUGCCUCCCUGCUCGCUGCCCUGGCACCGCUACCUCCGCCCGCUCGCUCCCAGCCGAUGCUUUCUGCCCGCCGGAACAUGUUCGCCAAAAUCCUUCUGUCCGCCACCAGCCUUCUGCUCGCUCACCUGCUGCAUUUCCUCUGCUCUUUGAUGCAAUUCAUUCCAGAGAGGAAGUCGGUGCCUGAGGCCCUGGCCAUGGGGAACCAAGCAGCUGCGUGGAGCAAGGAGCCCAGCACGGGCACAUCCCGGCACUCGCCAGGUUUCAAGCAUUACCUGCCCAGCCCAUCCAAGGAGCAAACCCUCUGCCACAGACCCCGGGGGCUGCAAUGCAUCUCCCCCUUAGUGCAGAGCGUGGAGGAGACCCCCGAGCCCAUCCCAGCCAAGAUCAAAGGCCACAUUCCCAAGUGGAUCAAUGGAAAUCUCCUGAGGAAUGGCCCUGGCAAGUUCGAGUUUGGCAAUGACAAGUUUAACCACUGGUUUGAUGGCAUGGCCCUGCUGCACCAGUUCCAGCUGGCCCAUGGCACGGUGACCUACAGGAGCAGGUUCCUGCAGAGCAGCUCCUACCUGAGGAACAGCCAGCACAGCCGCAUUGUGGCCUCAGAGUUUGGCACCUUGGCCAUGCCAGACCCGUGCAAGAGCCUCUUUGGGCGCUUCCUGUCCCGCUUCGAGCCGCCACAGCCCAGUGACAACUGCAAUGUGAACUACGUGCUGUACAAAGGGGAUUACUAUGUCAGCAGCGAGAACAUCUGCAUGCACAAGGUGGACCCAGAGACGCUGGAAACAAAGGAGAAGGUGGACUGGAGCAAGUUUAUUGCAGUGAAUGGGGCCACAGCUCAUCCCCACUACGAGUCUGAUGGGACAACCUACAACAUGGGCAAUUCCUAUGGGAAGCACGGAUCCAGCUACAACAUCAUCAGGGUCCCCCCACAGGAGUCAGGCCACGGGGACACCUUGGAGGGAGCCAAAGUUCUGUGCUCCAUCCCUCCCAGGAACAAGGCAAAGCCAUCCUACUACCACAGCUUUGGGAUGACUGAAAACUACAUCAUUUUCAUCGAGCAGCCCCUCAAGCUGAACCUGCUGAAGAUCAUCACCUCCAAGCUCUGUGGGAAAGCCAUCUAUGAUGGGAUCAGCUGGGAGCCUCAGCACAACACCUACUUCCACGUGGUGAACAAGCACACUGGGGAGGUGCUGCCGGGCUCAUGGUGCUCGCAGCCCUUCGUCAGCUUCCACCAGAUCAACGCCUUUGAGGAGCGGGGCUGCGUGGUGCUGGACCUGUGCUGCCAGGACGAGGGCACCAGCCUGGCCCUGUACACGCUGCAGAACCUCCGGAGGAGCGGGCAAGGGCUGGACCAGGUUUAUGCCUCCGUGCCCAGAGCUUUCCCUCGCCGCUUUGUUCUCCCUCUGGACGUGGGCUCAGACACACCCGUGGGCAAAAACCUGAACCCGCUGCCUUACACCCAGGCAAAGGCUGUGAAAGGUGCAGAUGGCAAGGUGUGGUGCACACAUGAAAAUCUGCACCCUGAGGGCUUUGAGAAAGUCGGGGGCCUGGAGUUCCCCCAGAUCAAUUACUCUGGGUACAACGGCCGCAGGUACCGCUACUUCUACGGCUGCGGCUUCGGGCACCUGCUCGGAGACUCCCUGAUCAAGGUCGAUGUGGAGACCAAGAAUUUCAAGAUCUGGCAGGAGGAGGGAUGCUACCCGUCAGAGCCCGUGUUUGUGCCAGUGCCCAAUGCCACGGCAGAGGACAGCGGAGUCAUCUUGUCUGUGGUGGUCUCCCCUGCUGAGGACCAAAGUGCUUUCCUGCUCGUGCUGGAUGCAGAGACCUUCCAGGAGCUGGGGCGAGCAGAGGUCGGGGUGCCAGUGCCUUACGGGUUCCACGGCGUCUUCAGUGCCCACUGAGGAGCUCCUGGGCACCUCCUGGGACUCAGGGCCGAGCCAGCCCCACGAGGAACCUCUGCUGCCUUCACCUCCCACCUUUCCAUCGCGUCUGGGAUGAAGGAGCUGCUUUUUCUCCACCACAACCUCCUGUAUUCCUAACAAAACACAGCCAAGGAAGGCAGGAACCCCUUUGCUCCCACAGCCCACUGCUUUAUCUGCAUUGUUUUUACUAUCUUGCUAGACCAGCUAGAGCAGCAGUUCACAAAGGAUGCCAGGGUGAGGCUUGCAAGGCAGAAAAUGGAAGCUGAGGUGAUAAAACCCUUCCUGUGGUGCCCUGAGGGGAAGAGAACAUCAACAUUCAGGGCUGUGACUUUGGCUGAAACAUUCAGAGCAGACGAGAGGAGUAAAACCCAGCAGGUGACAGGUGGGCCCAGUGAGGGGGAAUAAAUAAAUCCCCCCUUGCAUCCAGGUUGCCUUCGGGGGGCUCCAGGGGGUAGAUGCAGACACUCACAGAAGCUGUGCUCGUGCUUUUUUCUGUACCAUAGCAGUGCCCUCAAAUAAAACCUUGGGAAGUUUUUCCUUUCUCUGCCUGCCCUCAGAGGCUUGUAGAUGUGGGGGGCACAUCUGCAGAGCGGGACACAGCUCUGCUGGCUGACAGCUCCUGCCUCCCUCCCAGUCCCACCAGUAGGAAACACCAGUAGGAAACACGGAGAGCUCCAGUGUGGCCUUGGUGUCCCUCUGGGGUUGAGCAGAGCAGAACAAACUCCAGCCCCCUGUGUCAUCCAGGCUUCUCCAGACCCUCUGGGUGGGUCAACAGUGAGGACUUCUAGUUGUACUUUUUCGUUGUGAAGAAUUAUUUGAAUCAUUUCCUUGAGUAAUAAAGGAGCCCUUUCGCCCUUGGGGCUUUUCCCCCUCUGA